AGCCCCUUCACAACUGACACUGAAGUGAUUGCUGCUUUUUGGAUUGUGGUUGUUUUGGUGCAUGCAGUCUUACAGGAUAAAGGUCUUCAGGAUUUUUUUUUUUUGACUCACGUAUGCGUUACAAAAAGAAUGCAUCUCUACAUGCUAAAAUAUGUUUGUUGCAGGUCGUUGUUUUCCACCUGGGGUAAAACAAGAUAUGUCCACAAAUGUGGAAAAUGAUUCCAUCAAGCUAGUUUCAAAUUUUACCAGAGUUAAUGGAAAUUUGUCGGUCUUGGGAGUCUUUUCUGAAGCAACAUAAAGGUGGUGAAGAACAAACGCAACAUGACGAAGCGAGCUACAACCAAAAAAGUGACAAUGUGAGAAAUGAAGUCUUAAGCCAUAACGUGAGCACCAAGGGCCAACUGGAUGACUCCUUCAGCCAAGACGACCAGAGCCACAAUGUGAGCACCAAGGGCCAACUGGAUGACUCCUUCAGCCAAGACGACCAGAGCCACAACGUGAGCACCAAGGGCCGACUGGACGACGCCUCGAGCCUCGGCGUGAGCGCCAAGGGCCGACUGGACGACGCCUCGAGCCUCGGCGUGAGCGCCAAGGGCCGACUGGACGACGCCUCGAGCCUCGGCGUGAGCGCCAAGGGCCGACUGGACGACGCCUCGAGCCUCGGCGUGAGCGCCAAGGGCCGACUGGACGACGCCUCGAGCCUCGGCGUGAGCGCCAAGGGCCGACUGGACGACGCCUCGAGCCUCGGCGUGAGCGCCAAGGGCCGACUGGACGACGCCUCGAGCCUCGGCGUGAGCGCCAAGGGCCGACUGGACGACGCCUCGAGCCUCGGCGUGAGCGCCAAGGGCCGACUGGACGACGCCUCGAGCCUCGGCGUGAGCGCCAAGGGCCGACUGGACGACGCCUCGAGCCUCGGCGUGAGCGCCAAGGGCCGACUGGACGACGCCUCGGCGUGAGCGCCAAGGGCCGACUGGA